GGUGGAAAUAUUCGUAACAUUUUCAGCAGUUUAGGAGACAAAAUGCUAAAAUCCUGCCUGUUUAACUGCGCAUGCGCACAAGUUGUGUAUCGCCGGGAGAAGGGUCACGAACUCUGACCCUCCCACCUACUGCAGCAAACUGUUUAAAUAUUAAUUUACUGAACGAAAAUAAUUGCAGGCCUUCACGGUGUCUUUGCAGCUAUAUGCAACACUGGAAGUCCAAGAAACAUUUCACCUUGGUUACAGUAUGUUCAUGCUUCAUGGGACACUGAUGUGAAGAGAAAUGGAUGAGCAGAAUCAUAGAUUUCAACUUGUGUCCUCAGACAGCAACAUGGAUUUGGGACAUAGAAUUCAGAUUGUUACUGAUCAGCAGACAGGCCAAAAGAUCCAGAUUGUCACAGCACCAUCUUCCCCUGGAAAACAGCAGUUUAUUCUAGCAAAUGCUGACUAUUCCCCAGAGGGAAAGGUGAUCCUGACCAAGCAGGAAAGCUCACCCAACAAGGUCAUCCUCACUACUCCAGAUGGCUCCGGAGUUAACCAGCUGUUGUUUGCCUCCCCUGAACUGUCUGGGCAGCAGAUUCAGUUUGUAACUGAUGCAUCGGACCAGUCUAUAAUCAGGCCUGUAGUGGAGUACUGCGUUGUUUGUGGGGAUAAGGCUUCAGGGCGUCAUUAUGGAGCUGUUAGCUGUGAGGGCUGUAAGGGCUUCUUCAAACGCAGCAUUAGGAAGAACCUGGUGUACACGUGCAGGGGCUCUGGCGAGUGUGCAAUCAACAAGCUCCAUCGAAACCGCUGCCAGUACUGUCGCCUGCAGCGCUGCAUAGCUCUGGGCAUGAAGCAGGACUCUGUGCAGUGUGAAAGGAAGCCUGUUGAACCAUCCAACAGAGAGAAAUCUUCCAACUGUGCAGCGUCCACUGAGAAGAUCUACAUCCGCAAAAACCUGUGUAGUCCUCUGGCUGCCACACCGACGUUUGUGUCUGACAAGGAAACGACUAGGUCUACAAAUUUGAUUGAGUCAAGCAUGUUACUCAAUAUUCAACAACCCUUCCCCAAGUUGGAAAAUACCUUUCUGAUCCCAGCGUCCCCUGAUAAGGACGACUCAUGCCAAGGUGACCUCAGCACACUGGCUAAUGUAGUGACGUCCCUUGCCCAUCUCAACAAAACCAGAGAGGCAGGUGACAGCAACAACGAUCUGGUAGGAGUGGACACACUGAGCAACGGUGACGGCUCGAUUUCAGACCUUCAAGGAGCUGAGCAAACUGCAAGUGAUAUUACUCGAGCGUUUGACACUCUAGCCAAAGUACUGAACCCCAGCGAUGGUUUAGUAGGAGAGUCUUUGGAGGCCACGAUGCAGCUGAUGUCAGGGAGCCACUCUGGUCCUGUUGUGGAGUUGGAGGGACCCCUUCUGUCUGACAGCCAUAUCCCCUUUAAGCUUAUGAUGCCUGUGCCUGUACCUGACUAUCUAAAUGUCAAUUACAUCUGUGAGUCAGCAUCUCGGCUGCUUUUUCUCUCUAUGCACUGGGCACGCUCUAUACCUGCCUUUCAAGCUCUAAGUGGUCAAGAUAAUGACAUUAACUUAAUGAAAGCUUGCUGGAAUGAACUGUUUGCCCUGGGGCUGGCACAGUGUUCAAAUGUCAUGAAUGUUGGUACCAUCCUAAGUGCCAUUAUCAGCCAUCUCCAGACCAGCUUACAGGAAGAGAAGCUGUCACCGGAGCGAGUCAAACUUGUAAUGGAGCACAUCUGGAGGAUGCAGGAGUUCUGUAAUAGCAUGUCCAAGCUGUCCCCAGACACAUAUGAGUAUGCUUACCUCAAAGCCAUCGUCCUAUUUAGUCCUGAUCAUCCAGGAAUAGAAAAUAACCCACAGAUAGAGAGAUUCCAGGAGAAGGCCUACAUGGAACUACAGGACUACGUGAACAGGACAUACCCAGAAGACUCCUAUCGGUUAUCUAAGCUGUUGCUGCGUCUUCCAGCCCUCCGGCUGAUAAGUGCAGCCGUCACUGAAGAGCUGUUUUUUGCCGGACUGAUCGGUAAUGUUCAAAUUGACAGCAUCAUCCCUUACAUCCUGAAAAUGGAGUCUACCGAUUAUAACAGCCAGAUGAUGUCUGGGGUCUAACACGGGCACAAUGUGUGUUCUCUGCCAAGUUUGGACACGGACGACUUAACAGCCAACCACACACUGCUCCUAAAUAUGGAGUAGCAUGUGAACUGCGUGUUUUGUAUCACUUUGCUCCUACUUCUGGAAUCCAGGAUUCAUCAGGAGCCAAUCAAUCAGUUGAUCAGAAGAAAAUCAACAGCAUGCGGCAACAGUACCUGCCGGUAUUUGCCCAUUCAGGAAUGAACCAUUAAAAACUGCAAAGUACUUUUUUUGUACAGUAUUUUAUGCUUCCUCUUUCUGUAGAUCUUGUUCAUAUUUUGAAGGAAUGAAGAUUGUUUUUAACUGCUUUCAUAUCUGCUAACAUGCUGUUUGGUUUUAUAAUGUUUAUUAGAGAAAAACGAAGUGAUUUGCAAGCAAUUAUCACUAAAGGUUAUAACCUUUUAGUUAUUUGUUUGCCAAGCCAAAGGAUCAGGCCGGUAUCAGUUGUCAUAAUUUGACAUGGAGUUAAUCUGAAAUUUGUGCUUGUUUAUAUGUAAAUAGAAUGCACUAAGAAGGCUAUAAUGGACAGUAUUUGUUAAAUAUUGGCUUCUGUCUUUGGACAGAUUAAUGUAUUAAGAGAAAUGAUUGUCAAGUCAUUUGGAAAUAAAGUCCUUCAGUUGUUGUCAUUGACACAACUGAGUUCUUAUUUUGA